GGGCUGCGCUCGCUCCAGAGCAGCGGGCGGCUGGGACCCGCGACCGGCGAUCGCGACGUCUGCCCUGCGCGCUCCUCCGGCGCCCCGCCUCCCGAGCAGCCCCUGCCUCCAACCCCGGGUCCGCCCCUGCAUCCCAGAGACUCGCAGCGACCAGCCGACCCUGGCCGCGGGAGAGUGGGGUCUCCCCCCACCCAACUCCCCGGCCCCGAGAGGACGCGGGCGGCCCCCUCCGAGCUCAGGGGAGCUGCGGCUCCACCGUGGGGCUUCCGGGGCUCAGACCUACGGAUCUUGUGGCCGGCGGCAAGUGAUAUCUGUCCAUUCCCCCUUGGACCUGGGAAAGGCCAAGAGGCUGAUCCCAGACCUGCCCCAGCUACCCACGGCACAGCCCCAUCUCCUCAACUCCAUCACCACGUUUAAGCCUAGAAGGAAACAGGCUUGGCUGCAGAGCUCGACCCCUCCCCCAGUCUUGCAAAAGCCACAGCCCGGCCCUAGGAGCAGGGUGGUGGCCGGGGCAAUGGUGGGAGCCCUGAAGAUGCCCUAUGGCUACUGAGGGGGCUGCCUGCUCAAGAAGUGGAGUGGCGGGCAUGGUAGGCAGCCUGUGGAUCCUGGUCCUGGGACCCUCCGUUCUGGCUCUGGAAGAAGUGUUGCUGGACACCACAGGAGAGACAUCUGAGAUUGGUUGGCUCACCUAUCCACCAGGUGGGUGGGAUGAGGUGAGUGUCCUGGAUGACCAGCGCCGGCUGACUCGCACCUUUGAGGCGUGCCACGUGGCAGGGGCCCCACCGGGCACCGGACAGGACAAUUGGCUGCAGACACACUUUGUGGACCGCCGAGGAGCGCAGAGGGCACAUAUCCGCCUGCACUUCUCUGUACGGGCGUGCUCCAGCCUGGGUGUGAGCGGAGGCACCUGCCGGGAAACCUUCACCCUAUACUACCGCCAGGCAGAAGAGCCCGACAGCCCUGACGGCACCCCAGCCUGGCACCUCAAGCACUGGACCAAGGUGGACACGAUAGCAGCCGAUGAGAGUUUCCCUGCCUCCUCCUCCUCCACUUCCGCAUGGGCAGUGGGAUCCCACAGGGCAGGGCAGCGGGCAGGGCUGCAGCUGAAUGUCAAAGAGCGCAGCUUCGGCCCUCUCACCCAGCGUGGCUUCUAUGUGGCCUUCCAGGACACGGGCGCCUGCCUGGCCCUCGUAGCAGUCAAGCUAUUCUCCUAUACUUGCCCCACUGUGCUUCGGGCUUUUGCCUCCUUUCCUGAAACCCAGGCCAGUGGGGCUGGGGGUGCUUCCUUGGUGGCAGCUGCAGGCACCUGUGUGGCUCAUGCAGAGCCAGAGGAGGAUGGUGUGGGGGGCCAAGCUGGGGGCAGCCCCCCAAGACUGCAUUGCAAUGGAGAAGGCAAAUGGAUGGUGGCCGUCGGGGGCUGCCGCUGCCAACCUGGACAUCAGCCUGCACGUGGAGACAAGGCCUGCCAAGCCUGCCCUGGGGGGUUCUAUAAGGCCUCUGCUGGGAAUACUCCCUGUUCCCCCUGCCCUGCCCGCAGCCAUGCCCCCGUCCCUGCAGCCCCCAUUUGCCCCUGCUUGGAGGGCUUCUACCGGGCCAGUUCUGAUCCCCCAGAGGCUCCCUGCACUGGCCCUCCAUCGGCUCCCAGGGAGCUUUGGUUCGAAGUGCAGGGCUCGGCAACCAUGCUGCACUGGCGCCUGCCCCAGGAGCUGGGGGGCCGAGGUGACCUGCUCUUCAAUGUUGUGUGCAAGGAGUGCGGAGGCCACCAGGAGCCUGGCAGCACGGUCACUUGUCGCCGCUGUAGGGACGAGGUGCACUUUGACCCCCGCCAAAGGGGCCUGACUGAGAGCCGAGUGUUAGUGGGGGGGCUCCGCGCACACGUGCCCUACAUCCUGGAAGUGCAGGCUGUCAAUGGUGUGUCAGAGCUCAGCCCCAACCCUCCACAGGCGGCAGCCAUCAACGUCAGCACCAGCCAUGAAGUCCCCUCUGCAGUGCCAGUGGUACACCAGGUGAGUCGGGCAGCCAACAGCAUCACCGUGUCCUGGCCGCAGCCUGACCAGACCAAUGGAAACAUCCUCGAUUAUCAGCUCCGCUACUACGACCAGGCCGAGGAUGAGUCCCACUCCUUCACCCUGACCAGCGAGACCAACACUGCCACUGUGACACAACUGAGCCCCGGGCACAUCUACGGAUUCCAGGUGCGGGCACGGACUGCCGCUGGCCACGGCCCCUAUGGGGGCAAAGUCUACUUCCAGACACUGCCUCAAGGUGAGCUGUCCUCCCAGCUUCCAGAGAGACUCUCCUUGGUGAUUGGCUCCAUCCUGGGGGCCUUGGCCUUUCUCCUGCUGGCGGCCAUCACUGUGCUAGCUGUUGUCUUCAAACGGAAACGGCGAGGCACCGGUUACACGGAGCAACUACAGCAGUACAGCAGCCCAGGGCUUGGGGUGAAGUGCUACAUUGACCCCUCCACCUAUGAGGACCCUUGCCAGGCCAUACGAGAACUUGCCCGGGAGGUAGAUCCAGCAUACAUCAAGAUCGAAGAGGUCAUUGGGGCAGGCUCUUUUGGAGAGGUGCGCCGGGGCCGAUUGCAGCCCCGGGGCCGGCGGGAGCAGCCUGUGGCCAUCCAGGCCCUGUGGGCUGGGGGUGCUGAGAGCCUGCAGAUGACCUUCCUAGGCCGGGCGGCUGUGCUGGGCCAGUUCCAGCACCCCAACAUCCUGCGGCUAGAGGGCGUGGUUACCAAGAGCCGGCCCCUCAUGGUGUUGACAGAGCUUAUGGAGCUUGGCCCCCUGGACAGCUUCCUCAGGCAGCGAGAGGGCCAGUUCAGCAGCCUGCAGCUGGUGGCCAUGCAGCGGGGAGUGGCGGCCGCCAUGCAAUAUCUGUCCAGUUUUGCCUUUGUACACCGUGCACUCUCGGCCCGCAGCGUGCUGGUGAACAGCCACUUGGUGUGCAAGGUGGCCCGCCUUGGCCGCAGUCCUCAGGGCUCAAAUUGUUUGCUACGCUGGGCAGCCCCUGAAGUAAUAGCGCAUGGAAAGCACACAACAUCCAGUGAUGUCUGGAGCUUUGGGAUCUUGAUGUGGGAAGUGAUGAGCUAUGGAGAACGGCCCUACUGGGACAUGAACGACCAAGAGGUAUUAAGUGCAAUAGAGCAGGAGUUCCGGCUGCCCCCACCUCCAGGAUGCCCUCCUGGACUUCACCUGCUUAUGCUAGACACUUGGCAAAAGGACCGUGCUCGGAGGCCUCAUUUUGACCAGCUGGUAUCUGCGUUUGACAAGAUGAUCCGCAAGCCAGACACCCUGCUGACUGACGGGGGCCCUACGGACAGAUCUUCCCAGGCACUCCUGAAUCCUGUGGCCCUGGACUUUCCUUGUCUGGACUCGCCCCAGGCCUGGCUGUCGGCCAUUGGACUGGAGUGCUACCAGGACAAUUUCUCCAAGUUUGGCCUCUGCACCUUCGGUGAUGUGGCUCAGCUCAGCCUGGAAGACCUGCCCGCCCUGGGUGUCACCCUGGCUGGUCACCAGAAGAAACUGCUGCACAACAUCCAGCUCUUGCAGCAGCACCUGAGGCAGCCAGGCUCAGUGGAGGUCUGAGGCCUGGGCAGGACACUGAGCUGACAAUGCGCAUGACCCAGCUCACCCUGGAUGCGGGUCCAAGAAGGGACAUGGAAGACGUGAGCCGGGCUCCAUCUUGGCCUCUGUGGGAGGUACCCACCUGCCAGUGGAUAUGCCACCCUGACCCUCAGCCCCUCCACCAGUAUCUCCCACAUUAAAGGAGCAAAAGGGAAUUUGCAAGUU